GUGACUGCUGUUUUUUCAAAUAACAAAACUAGUUUAUCGAUCAGACUUAGAAAUAACGCUGUUACUAUUGUUACAAAUAUACUUCAGUUUGAAUAAUUAACCAGUAGCAAUUUCAGUAUGGCAUUUCCAAGUGGUAUAAUUGAUUCAAACAAUUACUUAAUUGGCGUUUCGAACGUUGCUGGAUAAGAGUUAGCGAAUGUGGCUUUCUUGAGACUUUAAAGCGUAAAAGAGUUUCUGAAUUGCCCAUCUUGUUUUUACUAUGAUAAUAACUUAUUUGUGUCCGUCUGUUAGUUAUAUGCUUGAACGCAGCGACCUAGACUAAAUAGAUCUAAGGCAUUGUCGUAAAAUUAAAAGUACAUUGUAAUAUAAGAAAACUGUCAAGGCGAAGGUUUUGUCGUUUGGAAGCAUUCAUCAUUAUCUAAAUGAAUUCCCAGAAGUCGCAACCAUCACAUGGCAAAGAAAUGUCCACAAACGCCUCAAACCUCAUGGCCAUAGAAGUGUACCGCCCACUAACCAUGCGCCAGUGGUUUCAAGUAGAUCCGUUAGUAAACACUGUGAAAGACAAGACUAUUAGCGGAGUGCGGUGUGAGAUAGCCGAGGCAGUAGCUUUACCGGAUGGCCAUCAAGUAGUUUGGCGAAUAUCUGGCGUUUCUCAGUGUGCUGAGAAUGCUCGCGAUCUCGAGAGCGCUCGAAUGAAUAAUGUGCACCAAGUCAAUCUCGGAACUUUAAAGGUCAACCCGGUAAAAGUUACAAGCGUUCCCAAUCGGAUUGUCACCAGAACGGUUAUCAACGUCCUUCCACUUCCGCUUCUCGAUCUCGAAAGGGUUGAUGACCAACCGCAGUAUAAACCACGAGCAAAUCCAAAGUACUUAAAAAAAGGGCAGUCACCUUGUCCAUCAUCCACCUCAAAACAUGAGUCAGGCAUAGUAAAAAAAGAUAAUUUUAAAAAGACUAUUGUUGCCAACAUCAAACCAGCGGAUGAGCUGAAAGAGACAGAGAUUGUCCUUAGGCCACCAGCGCACAUAGCCGAUGACACCAACACUAACCAGGGCUCACUAGGCGAGGAUAAGUGCUUUGUUUGGGUAAAGAAGGAGCCCAUUUACGAUGACGACGAAACAGUAGACGAACAGCGGUUUUCUACUCCCGCCACUAAUGUCAUCGUCAAACAGGAGACGGUUGACCAAAAUAAUGAGGACAAUGGUAACAACUUGAAAACUAUUUGUAGGCGACAUCGCCGAAACAGUAAUCGGUUACGAGAAUCGGACGAUGUAGCCACUCUCAGUAAUCGAAAGCGACGCCCUAAAAGAGAAAUACUUCGCUCGGAAAAAAGGUUAAAAGAAGAACCUAUACAUGCUACUGAUCCUUCCACAACACGUAGAUCCAUAGAUACCGAGUGCGUGGACCUUCAAGGACAGGCAAGCAUUUACGUUGAAAAAGGAGAUGUCUAUGAUGUGAUGCUGAAUCAGACAAAUGUCGAAUUCAACAACAAUAAGUACUACCUACUGCAAUUGGCCAAGGCAAACAACCGAAAUCAAUAUUACGUUUGGUUUCGCUGGGGUCGUGUCGGUAAGAAGGGUCGAAACAAUCUUAUCCCCUGUGCUGAUGACCUGGACAAGGCUAAGGGAAUCUUCAAACAAAAGUUCUUCGACAAAACGUGUAACGAAUUUGAUGAGCGCCAUGGGUUCGUUAAGGUCAAGGGAAAAUACGACCUCGUCCAAGUUUGUGCUGAUGAAACAGAUCCGCAGGCUCUUAAAAAGGAGGUUGAAAAAAUAACUGCGACACAACGAGAGGAGCAACCUAGCUGCUUGGACUUCGACCUGAAAAGCUUUGUUGAGUUAAUCUUUAAUGUAAAAAAGAUGGAAGUGGUCCUUAAGGAACUUAAAUUCGAUUCUCAAAAGACCCCACUAGGCAAUCUGACGAAGCACCAAAUCGCCGCUGGUUACGCUGCUCUGAAGGUGAUCGAAGACUGCGUUACCAACGGUAUACGUGGGACAAGGUUGAAUCAAGCCUGUAACGACUUUUAUACACGUAUCCCUCAUGAUUUCGGCAUGCGGGUUCCACCCUUGAUCCGCUCAUAUGAAGAGAUCCGCCAGAAGGUUGAGCUGCUCGAGGCACUAACCGACGUACAGUUCGCGAUAGAAUUGCUUCGUCGCAAGAUUUCUGCUGACAAUAUGCAUAUAAUCGAUCGUCAUUAUAUCUCGCUGGGUGCACGUCUCACAAAGGUGUCGACGGCGGAGUUACGACUCAUUAACAAGUAUCUUCAAGUGACACACGCACCCACUCAUAAUGAAUACACCAUGUGCAUUCAGGACGCCUUCUCUAUUUCGAAACCUGACGAGAUUAAACGGUUUAAUUCGCGCAUACCAAAUCGAAUGCUACUUUGGCAUGGGUCGCGCCUGUCAAAUUGGGCUUCAAUCAUUUCUCAGGGUCUGCGAAUAGCCCCACCAGAAGCACCAGUAACAGGUUACAUGUUUGGUAAAGGUGUCUACUUUGCUGAUUCGUCAUCAAAGUCUGCUAACUACUGUUUUCCGUCACGAGCUCAUAACGAGGGUAUUCUGCUUCUUAGUGAGGUGGCCCUCGGUGAAGUCAAUGAACUUUACGAGGCGAAUUAUGAGGCUAGUGAGCUUCCAAUAGGCAAGCACAGCGUUAAGGGUAUGGGUUACAUGGUCCCGCGUGAAACCAGCUUCAUUGAAAUCCCCAGUCUAGAUGAUAAACACCCAGUUACUGUGCCAUGUGGACAGUUGCACGAUAUAUCCAAUAUGAAGAAACGAGGAAGCCGCAAUAUCUCGUACAUUCUUAACUACAACGAAUACGUUGUUUAUGAUGUUAGUCAGAUCAAAAUGCGUUAUCUACUCAGAAUCAAAUUUGCCUUCGACUGAAACGGUCAGACGUUGGCAAAUCAUAAAAAUGUAUGCUGUUUUUAUUGUGAUUUUGUGAACUCUUACUCAACGUUUAUCAAUAUGACAGGACAUUUUUCAGGAUAGAAAAUAAUAACCUUCAAAACUGUGAUUAUGCACAUGGGAAUUAGUAUUAGCAAAAUAUAAUGUGCUAGAGGAUAUUUUCAAAUCGUUAUUAUUAUAUUAUGACAUGUACCUGUAAAAUUUGAACGUGGUAAUACAUGCAUUUGUGAAUUACCAUUAUCAUGACUGUGUUAAGUUGAUACCCAAGAGAAUACUCAGUCACCACCUAAAAAUAUUACAACAAAUGCUGCAAUUUUUUAUAUAUCGUGUUUAUGAGGUACAAAUUUGUUUUCGUACUAAGAAGGGAAAUGUGUGCUUAUCAAGCAUAAAGAUAGUAAACUUUCGUAUAUAUAAUAUGAAUGAUAUUUGUUAAUGAAAGCAGCUAUUUGAAACUGUGUAUACAUCUUAGUUAAUUGAUUAUCUGAGUAUAUUCUGGCUGCACGACGGAUAUGUUUUAGGGCUUUUGGAUCUCAAAAAAGAAAAAAUCUGGUUUUGAAUCGACAUUUGUGCUCCUCUCGUCGUAAAAGCUAUAAUUCACACGGUCAUGUACGUUGUCACGUGAGCAAGUUCUAACAGCCCUGAUGCUAAGUGUGCGGAUCUAAUACCUUUUCAUCGAGCAUGUUAUAAAAAUAUGAGUUGCACUUCUUGAAUAUACUGAUGUAUUUCUAACAUUCUGUUGAAUACAUAAAACGCCUUUAUGAACUCAUAUGCUAUUGUAAAGGUA